UGUGGGAUUCUUUGUAUUGUAUGGCUGUGGGUUAGAGUCUAAGAUUCUUCUUCAUAACAAGAAAGUGAUUGAAAUUUUUUUCCGUGGUAUUUGGACCGUGAGCUGAAAAUAGAACAAAGAGUGAUGAGACUCAAUUGACGUCAAGGAUUAAGAUAUUGACCUUCAGUACCAGGAUCAUUGUUAAUGUUUGCUGUCUGGACAAGAUGCUAUCUAUAAGAAAAGUUAGCCGUCAGAUUACUGCAAAUCCCUCUUCUGUUUUGUAUAUUUUACUGGCUGCCAGCACUAGCAAUGUGACUCAGGUAUUCAGAUGCCAACCUCAGGCUUAUUGGGGGAGUUCUGUCUGUCAGUUUGUUAGCUCCUCUUUGACCUGCUUGGACACACAAACUGCUGUCUUGGGAUUACAGAAUAAAUUUACUCUUCAACCAAAGUCUUCAUCUACCAUGGCUGGAACAUUUUUGGCCCAGGCUCGAGACCCAGCUAAACUAAGUAUGGAAAUACAAAAUGCAAUUGAUGAGGGUAGAUAUAACGAUUCAUGGAAGUUAUAUGAACAACAUAUGCAGUUGGAAGGCUUUCCUAGGAAAUCUGUCGUGAACAAGCUUCUAACAAGUUUUUCAGAUAGCCUUGACGUUCAGUGGCUUGAGAAGGCCUAUGGGUUAGUAGAACAGGUUUUUGAGGAAGGAAAGCAGACCUUAUUAGAAAAGGAGCCACUAAUAUAUCUCUCUUUUUGUCUUUCCAAAUCUGGACUACCAGUUCCUGCAUCAACUCUCUUACGAAAAUUGGUAGAAAUGGAAGAAUAUCCCCCUGUUACUGCUUGGUCUGCAAUUUUGGCCCACAUGUCACAAACAGCUCCUGGGGCUUACCUUGCUGCUGAGUUGAUUCUUGAGAUAGGUUACUUGUUUCAAGAUGGCAGGGUCGAUCCGCGUAAAAAGAGUAAUGCGCCUUUGAUUGCUAUGAAACCUAAUACUACUGCUGUCAAAAUUGCUUUGGCUGGGUGUCUUUUGUUUGGGACAACUAGGAAAGCAGAGCAGCUACUUGUUAUGAUGCCUCGAGUUGGUGUCAAAGCAGACACAAACUUGUUGAUCAUUAUGGCACAUAUAUAUGAGAGAAAUGGGCGAAGAGAAGAGCUAAAGAAGCUUCAAAGAUACAUUAAUGAAGCUCAUAAUUUAAGUGAUGUUCAGUUUCGACAGUUCUAUAACUGCUUGUUUACAUGCCACUUAAAAUUUGGUGAUCUAGAUUCCGCAUCCAACAUGGUUUUGGAAAUGCUUCGAAAAGCAAAAGAAGCAAGAAAUUCUCUUGCUGCAGCUACACUUGUAUAUGAUGCUUCUGCAAGUGGAAAUCAGUCCCCACCUUUUGUGGCCUCUGGGCAAAGUUUGAGUCAAAGACAAUUACAGGGUUCAGAGAAUAAUAAAUUAAUUAGAUAUGAAGAGUUUUCUAGGGACGGAAAUUUCUUAAAGCUUGAGGCUGAAUCGAAGCAAAUGCUUAAUACUUUGUUAGCUAAGUUGCAGAUGCAAGUUGAAUUGAUUACAACUGAACGUGGAGUUCUUCAACCGACUGAAAGAAUUUAUGUGAAAAUAGUUAAGGCUUUUCUAGAAGCUGGCAAGACCAAGGAUUUGGCAGAAUUCCUUAUCAAGGUAGAGAAAGAAAAUUCCCCAGUUUCCAAUGAUAAUUCAGCCUUGGUACAUGUUAUUAAUUCAUGCAUCUCACUCGGGUGGUUAGAUGAGGCACAUGACCUUCUUGAUGAGAUGCGUUUGGCUGGGAUCAGAACUAGUUCUUCUAUAUAUUCCUCUCUCUUGAAAGCAUAUUGCCAAGCAAACCGAGCGGGGGAGGUGGCAUCACUUUUACGAGAUGCUCGGAAGGCUGGAAUCCAGCUAGAUUCCAGCUCUUAUGAGGCAUUGAUCCAAUCCAGGGUGCUUCAAAAAGAUACCCAAGGUGCCCUCCAUCUAUUCAAAGAGAUGAAACAGGCUAAAAUACCACGAGCAGGCCAUCAAGAAUUUGAGAUAUUAGUUAAGGGAUGUGAAGAGGGUGGUGAGUCAGGGUUGAUGGCAAAGCUCUUGCAGGAAAUCAAGGAAGGGCAGAUAAUCGAUAGUGGAGUGCAUGAUUGGAACAAUGUAAUCCACUUUUUUUGCAAGAAGAGAUUGAUGCAAGAUGCAGAGAAGGCUCUGAAGAAGAUGAGGAGUCUGGGGCAUCCCCCAAAUGCUCAGACUUUUCAUUCCAUGGUUACUGGCUAUGCUGCUAUUGGGGGAAAAUAUGUGGAGGUGACAGAGUUAUGGGGUGAGAUGAAGAGUCUUGCUUCUUCUACCUCAAUGAGUUUUGAUCAAGAACUUCUGGAUUCUGUGCUUUAUACAUUUGUCAGGGGUGGAUUUUUUGUUCGAGCAAAUGAAGUCUUGGAGAUGAUGGAAAAAAGGAACAUGUUUGUUGAUAAGUACAAAUACCGAACUCUCUUCUUGAAGUACCAUAAAACACUUUAUAAGGGCAAGGCUCCUAAAUUCCAGACAGAAGCUCAACUGAAAAAGAGAGAAGCAGCAUUGGCUUGCAAGAAGUGGGUAGGCUUGUGUUGAGAAAAUUCAUGGUCUGUUGCAUGCCUUUUUGGGCAAUAUUCCAUUGAGACUUGCUGUUACACAAAUUUUCAAGAGAAUCAAGUUUGGUGUAGCCGUAGCUGGCUGCCUUCAACAUAUAUUGCCUGCAAGUAUGUGUUAACAACGGUAUUUCCAGCAAAAUGACAUGUAAAUAUUAUGAGAUGGGAUUUGCGGGGGUAGGGGGAAAGAAAGAAAGAAAAAGGUGGGGAAGGUAGGACUCCAAAUGCAGAUGUAUGAUGUAUCUGAAAUACGUUAUACUUGAGUAGCACUACAUCACCUGCGCCAAUUAUACUACUGUUGGCUUUGUUCGAAAGAAGAUUCUCUUCUAGGAUUUGUUAUGGCGUACCACGUUUCCACACCUGUUCCACAUACUUCAGUUAUCGACAUUCUAGCAAAAUACUGGGGUUUCAGAUGAGGAUUUUGUCUCAUAUGUAGACGGAUGGUGUGAGGUAGGGGCUUCCCUUGUGGGAGGGCUAGGAGGCUGUUGCCUAACAACUCCAAAUACAAUUAAAGCCAUAUACAUGACUCUUUCCAAUAGAUCUACUGCUGCUCUACUCCCAUAGUAACUGUUGUGACUCGCGGAGAGGAAACUCUCUAAAGCUCAUGGUGAAAAGGCUUGCUCGCUCUGAAGAAAAUUCUUCUAGUUGUCAUCUGGGAGGAGGGCUUUUUAGAAGCUGAUGGGAUGAGGCAGUUUCCUCAUGAAGUUGCAUAUGUGAAUCUUUGAGCCAAGGGGAAUUCCACUUGUCUUGAAUUUUCACCUGUUUAAUAUAAAUUUAUGUUCCAAUUUUA